CGAUCGUACCGUACCGUACCGAGCGGAGCGGCGCGGACAGUUCGCCAACUUGCGACGAUAACAAACCAUCAUCUGAGUUUAAUUUCAGCGGAAACUUGCCAGAGAAAGGACCCCAUGACCAAUGCGAUCCUCGGCAGUGUAUCGAGAUUGUAUUGGUAACUACACACAACUGGAAAGUCUACGCGACUCGGAUACGGACGAACUUGGGUUUUUUUGUACUGAAAACUACGAAACAACACAGAUUUGGAUUAUUUAUCUGGAUUUAUUACACUGGAUAUUUAGAAUUAGAACUGUUGAAUAGCUUCAGACGAUUCAGAGACCGAUUAUGGCGACCGUCCACAGAGAAAAACGAAGAAACUCCGAGAAGAGGAAAGAGAAGUCAAGAAAUGCAGCGCGAUCACGAAGAGGGAAAGAGACAGAGAUAUUUUAUGAGUUGGCCCACACUUUACCUCUAGCACACAAUGCCUGUGCCCAGCUAGAUAAAGCAGGCAUAAUGAGACUUAUACUCAGCUAUCUCAAGGUUUCAAAAGUGCUUCCCAAAGAAAUCAAGGUGGAGGAGAAAGAGGAGAAAGAAGAGAGCAAAACCAUGGCGAUAGAAGAGAUCAUCGACUCUCACUACCAGAAGGCUCUAGAUGGAUUUUUAUUAGUCUUAUCCCAAGAAGGCGAUAUGAUCUACAUCUCAGAAAAUGUCUCAAAACACAUCGGUAUCAAUCAGGUGGACCUAAUGGGCCAGAGCAUCUACGACUACGCUCACCCAUGCGACCACGAUGAGAUCCGAGAACAGUUGUCCGACCGACCAGGCCUGACGCUGACCACCCUCCCCUCAGCAACAUCCAAGCGUAAACACCAUGGUUUCCUCAUGAGGGUCAAGUGUACACUCACACCCAAGGGAAAGAUUGUCAACCUCAAAGCAGCCUCUUAUAAGGCUGUCCAUUGUCAAGGCCACAUGAAACUCGCACUAUCAGACACCUCGGUACUGGGCUACAGGAUGCCCCCCACACCCUGCCUUGUCCUCAUUGCUAGUCCUAUACCACACCCCUCCAACAUCGAGGUGCCACUGGAUUGCAGUGCGUUUCUCACCCGGCACAGCAUGGACAUGAAGUUUACCUACUGCGAUGAGAGGAUUGAGCAACUGAUGGGAUACAUCCCCAAUGAACUGGUUGGCCAAUCUUUCUAUGUGUACUACCAUGCUUUGGAUGGCCAACUCAUUGACAAAAGCUACAAAGACUUGUAUGCCAAGGGUCAGACAUCAACCGGCAGAUACAGGUUCUUGGCCAAGAACGGUGGUUACAUGUGGCUAGAAACACAGGCAACUAUUAUCUAUAAUAACAAGACCAACAAACCACAGUGCAUUGUAUGUGUCAACUAUGCCAUCAGUGGUGUGGAGCAUGGAGAUAGAGUCCUCUCAGUUGGCCAACAAGAGAAGGAGAAGGAAGAGACAAGAGAUAUUGAGAUGAAUGAAGAAAAGACCUUCACUCCUCCUCGUCAUGCCAACAUUACCAACGACUUCCCUCUUUAUCUGGCUGGCUGCAACUCUUCACAAGCAGUGGAAGAGAAGCUGGCUUACUUGGCACCUACUGCUGGCGAUGUCAUGAUUGAACUAGAUCCCUCAGACAGCCAGAGGAUGGACCUUACCAGCGAGUUCAAGGAAUUCAAUGAAUCUGACAGCUUUGUGCCCUUUGACCCCUUCGCACCCCUACCGCCCAGCCAAGCCAAGGAGAGUGUCCCUCAGAGCAACAACGAGACUGUCAUGAAUGUUCAGGAUCCAGGAGUUCUGAAGACCCAGUAUCUGUGUACCAACAAUGAUCCCCUGCUGCAUGAGAAGAGACCAAACCUGGAUACAGAGAAACUCCCUAACAAUGAUAUGGUUGCCAAGCAACAGAUUCCAUGUGAUGAGCUAGCCAUGAGGGCACCAUACAUUCCUAUGGGUGAGGACUUUGACCUGUCAACGGACCCUCUUCUUGGGGAUAUGGAUCCCUUUACUAGCGAGACUUGGAUGCCAGUCGAUCCUUUUGGGACAGGUUCAAUUGAUAAGAACCUAAGGCAAAUGGAAGACAAUGGCAUGGAAUACUCCGCAUCUCAGAGCAGUAGCUGCCGUACAUCACCCUUCAACCCAUCUCUCAUGUCAUCUGGCAGCCCUAUGGAGUCUUGUAACAGCAGUCUGAGUGGAAGCGUACCCAACCUCUACUUCCCCAACUCCUCCCCCAGCACCCCUCAUCACAACCCUCUUCUCCUCUCUCCGGCCAUGUCCCCCCACAGUUGUGCUCCUACGCCGAUGCUGCACUCACCCAUGAACCCCAACCUGCUGUCUCCACUAGGCCAAGCCCCUCAUCAAGACGAUAGACUCUUUGCAUCACCCCUCCCAUCCCCUGCUCCCAUCCAGCAACCCUUGGGUGUGUACAUCCCGUACCCGCCCAUGUCAUCCUACCAGCAGGUGUCUCCUUGCCCUCAGAGCAUCAUGUCACCUCCUCAACAGAGGUGUCAAACCAACCUGCACUCCCCGACCCUCAAACGGAAGCUGGAGCCCCCAGACUGUGGUGACUGUCCUCCUAGAAGCAAGAUAAGUCGAUCAGAUGGCUUGCUAGGGAUGCUUGGGAUGAGGAAUGGCAGAGGAGGAGAUGAUGACAGGGUCACCUAUGUCAAGAGAGAGCCAGAUCCAGAACUUGACAGAUCAGUCACAGGUGAGAGCCCUUACAUAGACACAGGCACCCAAGGUGGCAAGCAGCAGCAGCAGCAGAGGGAUAGCAGCAUGGAUCUACUAUCAGCACUCCUUCAUAAGGUGGAUAAAGACAAUGUCAAUCCAUUCAGACAUUCACAGUUACUGCAGAUAGUCGCUCAAAGGGUCUCUGGAAAUGGCCCUUCCAAAACUGGCAACACUCCACUGCAUGCGAGCACGGCAUCCCUGCCGCCAUCCAUCAUGACCCAGGGCCAGGCAGAGGCACCACCAAGCCAAGGCAGAAAGAGCAGUAUCACCCAGCUCUUAGGGCGUGAUGUGAUGCCCUUAGGAGCAGUCCUACCCCUCAUCACCAACCUGGAUGCAGAGGUGAAUGCUCCAUUGCCUAAUACCAACAGGCUGCUGCAGGGGGAAGACCUCCUACAAGCCCUUGACCUAACGGCCCCGUACUGACCCUCACUCACCCCUGUUAAAACAGGGACAGAGAGAGGCCAAAGGUUAUACCCAAGUCAUGUCAUGCUUGAAAAGUGAAUCAUUGAUAUCCAGAAAAGCUUUCCAUAAAGACUUAUUGUCUUUUAUAGGCGAUCUGCUAUAUAAAGAAAAAAGAAAAACUGUCGUCAUGCCUUGAUGUACAUGCUUCAAAUUCCCGAAACUUGCUCAAAGAUAUGCUACACGUUCUCCAUCGUGGAGGAAAAAAAGACAGGAUUAAUGAUGGGAUUUUUGUGUAUCUCCCUUUUUAAUUCUUUUUAAUUGAUAAUGUACAUAAAGGAAAGUAGCAGUGAAGUACAUGUUAAAGUGAAGGUGGAUCAUAUAUAUUUGAAAUAUCUGUGUAUGAGUAUUGAACCUUGCAGCCAGUGACAAGUAUUUUAGAUGAUGUGCACAAAACAAAAAAUGAUGCCCUAUAAAUGCACAAAUGUGAUUGAUGUUUAUCGGUGUUGGCACAUUAUGUAUAAUGGCUUUUGAUUGUGUGUUCUACAGCUUUAAAAGGUAUCUCUGAAGCCUAAACCAUGAAUAAGACUGCUAAAUUGUACUUGGGCACUUGACUGCAAAUAGAGACAAUAUUUUGCUGCUAUAUAUAUUCUUACAAUGUAUGUUCUUUGGUGUAUAUUAUACCUAUACAUGUACAUGUAGGCAUAUUUAAACCUUUUAUCCUGCAGUAUAUAUUGCUAGGCUAUUGUUGCACCUCUAUUUUACAACAUGUAGCUGCAACCUUAUUAUAAUUUUUCAUUUCAAUUUAUUUUUGAAUUUUUUAAAAUAUUUUGUAUUGGAAGGGGGUUGAGGGGGUCCCACAAGCCAAUUUUAUUUUACUUUUUUAGUUUCUAAGAUCAGUUAACUAUUUAAGGAUUAAAAAGAACAAAUGCUUGUAUGCAUUGUUUCCAAAUUAUGCUUUCCUGAUGACACAUAGAUCUGACAUUGUAAUUCUGAUCUACCGGUGAUCCAAGGAAUAAAUUGCAGCUGUAGAUAUUUGCUUUCUUGUCAAAACAUUGGAUAUCAUGCACUUGUUAUAUAUACCAAAAAUAGAAAUUUGUUUAAGAAAUGAAUUUUGUAUAGAAAAUGAUUUAUAUUAUAUUUUCACCCGACAGUGUUUCUUGUUUAGUCCAAAUUACUUGUUUAUAAAUCACUGUGAUGUAAAGUAGUUCAUUACUUCAAUUCACUUUACUUUACUAUAGGUAUUUCUUCUCAAAAUGUACACACUUUGUGUAGCUAUAUUUUGGUACGCAAGGGAAAUUUGGGGAAAGGAUUUAGUUUACAGCGAAGAAUCCAUAAAUUGUAUAUUUCUUCACCAGAUGAUUUCAAAGAGUGAAGGAAAUUAUUUUCCUUCAUUAUGUUAUCUUGGGGAAGAAGCAUGGAGGGGUCUAAUACAAUUAUGUAUACAAACUUAAAUAUAUUCUUGAUACAAUAGAUAGAGGUUGAAAAACAACUUCAUAAUUUUGUACACAAAAGUAUUUUUCUCCAUUUGUUUGUUCUGUUUCGUUAUCUGUGUGUGUGUGUGUGUGUUGUGUGUCUUUGCCGAUAAUGGAACUCAUUGUGGUGUUAAAAAGGACAAAAUUCAGAUUACUCCUACAUGUUGUGUUUAAACAACAACUCAUGUGUAUCAUGUUAAGAACAUAAUGUCCAGAGUUAUUUAUUUUAUUUCUCGUGGGAAGUAAAUGAUGUAUUUUAUAUUAUGGGUGUCAUCAGGCACAAAUGACACGUUUUUUGCCAAAACUGAUAUACUUUUUUCAAAAUACAUAACCUUGAAAUAAUUGAUUGAUAAUAGAUGUACAAUAUUUUCCAUCUAGUUAAAUUCCACUUUUUAUGCAUAAAUGACAUUGAGAGGGGUAUCUGCUGUCAUCCAAUUUUAUUUUAUUUUUAAUAAAUAUUGUGAGACACAAAUAUGACUGUGUUGUCAGCAUUUUGGCUUCUCAUUGAUUCUCAGCAGUCAAACAGUCCUCAAUCCAUAUACAUUAUUACACAGAUGUAAAUUCAUAGGUAUAGCUGUUAAAGCUGCAAUUAACUAGGCCCUAAUUGUGCUUUGCCAUUCACUUAUACAGUGAAAAUCUACAAUAGACUUUCAUAGACAACUCUAUAAAACUCUCAAUAUCUGCUAUAUUUUUGUGAAAAGAAGAUAAAACAGAUCAUGGAUUCUUGUGUAAUUCUAUCUCUGUAAAUACAUUGCUGUAUACUAUUUGCUACCUAUUGUGAUAAAGUAGUGUGUUCAUCUAUGUUAUUGAUGUCAAUAUUGUAUGGAUGUGUUAACUCUGAAACUGAAGGAAAUAGUUAACACCAUGUAAUGGGUGUGAUAAGUACGUGUAGUUGUUUACUGGCUAAUCAAAAUUGUACUUCAAUUUACGUGAGAGUGUAAGUUUACUUCAGUGUGUUUCACUAAAUCCCCCUUUCACAUUAUGUGAAUCACAUGACAUGGCUUUAAAUAUAUAUGAUGUAUAUGUGUGUAUAUUCUUUUGCGGAAAAGUAUAAGGCAAGUUUGAGUGUUACAUAUUGUGGUUGCAUGGGGGGCACUCCACAUAUGGUCAAAGCAAACAAUUCCAUGAUGAAUCAUUAAGUUCAAUUGGAGAUUGAAAUACAGUAUAAGUGUCGUUUUCUUAUGUCCAAGCUUGCUCAUAUCGUUGCUUGAAAUUGGAGAAGCGUUUGAAUAUUACUCAAAAUAUCAAGCAAGUCGAUUUGAAAUGCAAUGGUAGUUGGGGAAAUUUUAGGAAUUUGGUAUCACUAUUGUUUGGCACUCCUUAUAGUUUUAAUGUUUUUUCUCAAAAUGAUGAUACAUAUAGUAGUAUUUGUUGUGUGGGAAAACACACUAGUAUCACAUUGGAUAUGUACAUUUAAGGUGGUGUAGAUUAAGUUAUCUAGAUCACUGCAUAGUAUCUGUGUAUGUAACAUCUCAUUUUACCUAGCUAUGGUAUAGAGUAUAGACUGUUUUGAGUGAAAGUAUCAUUUUUUGGCUUGAUUAACAAAUUUUGAAUUUGUUGAAAUGAAUUGCCCAUUACUACAUCACAAAAUUAAAAGAAGCAUACAAGGGUCUAGAAAGGAAUGAGGUUGUAGGGUGUAGGAGGAAUGGUUAUGUAUUUUAUUCAAAAUUGUACAUAAUUAUAUGAAUGGGAAUUUGGGCAUAUUUUUUUUUUUGUCAGCUGUGUUUGUGUAAGUGUGUGUUGUUUGCUGAAUAUACUCUAGAAAUAACUUUUCAUGAAUCAAAAGAUAUACAAGCAAGAACAUGUCUUAAGAAAAGAAAAUGCUUUCAUUAUUACUUUGGCAGGCUGCUAGCUCAUGUAAAUUGCAGUUGAUUUGCUUGAACAUGUAUACAUCAGAUUUAUUAACCCUUAGUUGUUUUUGUUUUUUAAUUGUAAGAUAUUGAAAUAAAAUCUUUCACAUGAAUAGAUAAAGCAGAGUGGAAUAAUAGGGAAAUUGGUGUGAAGCUGAAAAGCAAAACAUACAAAAUUUUAUCUUGGAUUUGCAGCACAAAUAAUUAUAUGAUAUUGGAUGGCUUUGGGUGUGAUACAAGAACAUAUAAAGCCAUACAAUAUUAUUAUUAUUAUCUAUAUCAGGCUGACUAGCGAAAUAACAAAAUCAAGCAAUAUUGUAUCAACAGUUGAAGUUCCCGGAUGACAGAGCAAUACAAACCUAAUAUUGAUCUGUGAACCGGGCACUGCACUAAAGAUAUUAAAUAGACUGAUUUAUUGUACCACUUGGAAGCCUUAUACAGAUAAUAAUGCAAUUUAUUAGGUAGCUGUUGACUUGCGUUAUUUUACAAACUAUACGGUGAUGGGCUGUUAAUACAACAGUGUGUAUGUAAGAUCAUGUGUAUGAUACAUGGUGUAUGUUAUAAUAUCUAAAAUGAUAUUGGCACAAUUUGCUUGCUGUACAUUGGUAAAUAUUUGCAUGGGAUCUGCAUAAGUUCUGUCAAACUAUUCAAGCAGUUACAAAAUAUGAGUGAGGGAAGUACUCUUUUUUUUCUCCUUUUUUAAAAUAAAGAAAUGGCAUUAGAAACAUCAGUGGUGUUUGCCUGCAGGCUGCAUAGAACGGAAUGCUAGGGCUGUCUCUAGUGUUACAGGCUGCUUGCAGUGGGAAUGGUACCGGUAUUGAAUAUCUUUUAUGAUAUGCCAUUAUUUAAUUAUUUGCAACAAUAUUAAACUUGUCCCUUUUAUUUUUUCCAAUUUGACAGUGUAGCUAAAAUUUAAAUCAUCCCUACAUCUUGCUGUACUUGUACAUUGUACGUUUAUAUGUAAAGAAAAAGAAAGAAACAUAAAUUAUGUUUGAAUAUUAUGUAGUGUUCAGAUCAUGUUUGCUCAAUCUAUCUUAAUAUAUAAGCUUUUUUGUUAUUUCUAAAUGACCUUGGAUUGAUUUAAUGUAAUAGUCUUGCCAAGUACUAACAGGGAGGGGGUAAUGUGUAUUCCUUUAUUAUAUUUGCUGCACUGAGAAUUAUUCUUAGAAUGUGUUUUUUUUCAAGAGAAUAUUUAAAAUGAUAGAUGUCUUCUUUCCAUUAUUUGUAUAAAAAAAAUAUUAACCAUAAUCCAUAAUAAGGUACUUUAUGAUGCUUAUGAAAUGUCUGAAAUAAUUAUUAUCUUAAUGUUACUCUUUUGUGUACAACUCCUUAUCAUAUUAGUUGAAAAGAGGGGAAAACAGUUGAUACAACUCAUUUUUAAAUCAUUUAUGAACAGAUAUAUGUAAUGGACAGAUAUAUGUAAUAGAAGGACAGAAAGAAGACUCCAUUAAUAGCAAAUUUUUAAAAAAAAAUAUUAUGUGCUCCAUCAGUUCAACUGAUUUUAGAAAUCAGUUAACUAAUGAUAAUUAUACCCAAAGUUGGGUUAAUAUCUGAGGGCAAUUAUGUAACAAAAGUGUACCUGACAAGUAAUUGUGAAGAUAUACAAUAAACGUAGGUAAAGAACAAAUGUCCUAAGUUUUCAAGAUGUGUUUUACCAAUAUAUAUUGCUGCUUUAUUAUAGCUUACUUUCUGAAAUAUCUCUUUUUUAAAAAAAUCAUUAUUGUUAUUUGAUUUGAUGGCAAGAAAAAAACAACUCAGUAAUGCUCAAUCGCUUUUAAUGUUUUAUUGAGUUUGGCAUACAAUGCAUUUAGUUACAGGGUUGUUAUGUAGACACUGGGAUUAUAGAGACUCCCAAUACGGUCCUUAUGUUUACUCUCCUCUAUAAAGUUUAAGGAAACCCCACCCCAAAAAACUUUAGUUAUUCUGAGAGAUUUAUUCUAUUAUUGCCUAUCAAACUACACCAAAGUGUAUAUAAGAGAGUCUAAAUCAAGAUAUCCUUGGCAUAAUGUAAAGUUUGUCAGCACGACAUGGGCAUUGCCAUUUUCUUGAUAAUGUGAUGUACUAUGCAAAGUUGUUUAUCAAGUUAAGGUACAUUUGCCUGGUACGUCACAUUAUCAAAGAAAUGGCUGUGCCCGCCUUGUCAUGCUAAAAGGCAUUACAUCAUGCCAAGAAUAUCUUCAUGUAUAUAUCUCUUGUACACUUUUGUAAGGAAUAUUAGACAUCAAAAGGCAAGAAUAAAUCUCGUCUGUCAGCUUACCUACACUUAUUGUUGGGGCGAGGUUAUUUUGAAGGAUGUUGAUCAAUGGUUUGUUAUUAAGAUAACACAUGGCCAUUUUAUUUUGUUUUCUAGUUCCUUUUUAUAUUGGAGUUUUUAGAGAUACAUAAUAAUCACAAUUUAAAGUUUAGUUUUCUUUCCGCCAUAUUUUUAUGUCAUUUGGUCAUUUUAGCCCCAUGAAAAGAAAGAAAUAUCUUGAAAAUUUUCUUUAUUUUAAUGGAGAGAAUAGAUGUAUUGAAAUAAUUUUUGAGGAAGGAUUUUCAAACCAAAAAUGUAAGUGUUUCAUUGUUACUUCAAAUAAUUCCUCUUUUGAUAUCAAUGAUUAUUCUGACAUUAUUCAUCUAUGCCCACUAUUCACCAUGUUUGAUAUACAAGAGGAGUUUUACAACCAAAAAAUUUCUUCAUGCAAUUCUUUGAAUUCAUAAUUUCUACAAGUUUUGACAUAUAUGUAAUAUGAUUGUGGCGCAUAGCAAUAUAGGCAGUUAAGAUAUGGUCCUUAUCUUUGUACGUUUAGAUUUUUAUGAAACUUUUCAGGAUAUUAAUUGAUAAUCAGAGUUUUAAACCAAACAAUGAAAUCACUCCAUUCACAAGGUAAUGUGAUGUGAUAGGUUAGUUCACAUACAUAUUUAAGUUCAAAGUGUGUCUCUACCACAAUGAAUAUUGAUGACAAUAUACACAUACAUGUAUGUAACCUUGCAUUUUGGCUAUUGAAAUACAGUCAUAUGUGAACAGGUAAAUUCACUGCGAUCUUUGGGUCCAUGCAUACAUAAAUUUGAAUACACAUGUGAUUGAGCCUAUUCACCAUGCAUGCCCCAUGGAAUGAAAUCUAGUGGAGAGUGUACAAAUAAUUAAAAGUCAAUAAUACCCUCUUCUUCUGAUUCAAUUUGUUUGUAUACCCGAUCAAUGUUCACCACUCACACCAAAUAAAAAGGUUUUGUUGUGAUCUGUCCUCAAUUAA